ACUUUACACAGGUCAACCGAAUAUGUCAAGCGUAUGCUUUGAUGAAGAUCCAUCAAUUGAAUGGUUGGAAGAUGAUGAGGACGUCCGUAUCUACCGCCUUUGUAUAUCUCAACCUGAUGUGUUGAAUGACUCCCAUGAUGAGGAACAAUUUGUUGAAUGGUUGGAAGAAGAAGAGGACGGUCACAGCUGCCACCAAAUGUCGGACGAAAGCGACAUUGAAGAUCAGGAUGAGUAUAGUGAAUUUGAUAGAGCCCACAAGAAUCAAGUAUUUGUUGAAACGAUGCGAUUGUGGGCUCUGAAACAUCAAAUCACGCAUGCCGCUAUUAAUGAUUUCUUAGAAGCAAUACUAAAAACAACUGAUUUUUAUGUUCCUAGAGAUUCCAGGACAUUUCUGAAGACUCCUGUAGGCGUGGGAAAAGAAAUUGAAAAUUUGGCUGGUGGACAAAUGUGGUACAAAGGAAUAGAUAAAUCUCUGCAAGAACAGUUUCGCACUACUCCGCCUCCUGUAGAUUCAUUUGAAUUGAAUAUUUCUAUGGAUGGUAUUCCUCUGCAUAAUAGCGGAACUACCCAGUUCUGGCCCAUUUUGAUGCAGCUGCAUGGUAUUCCUGAUGUUCCAAUAAUGACUAUUGGAAUAUUUUGUGGAACUUCUAAACCGGAUAAUGCAGAGGAUUAUCUGCGCCGUCUGGUAACAGAAAUAAAUGAUGUCCAGGACAACGGAGUAGUUAUAAAUGGAAAACGUAUUUCCAUCUCACUAAGAGCGUUACUUGCAGACGCCCCUGCUAUAGCGUUCAUCAAAUAUGAUGAAGAUGAAUCAGGUAAAGACGUCAGACUGGGCGAGGAUGACCGUCCGGAAGAGCAUCGCUGUCCCGGCAUGGCUGACGAACUGGGCAUAGAUCCUUUGAAAAGAAAUGUACCGAGAACAUCAGUGAUGUGUGGCGGUGACGAUGGGAUGGUCAAAAAUGACGGUCCGGAAGAGGAUUUCUGUCCCGGUACGGCUGACGAACCGGGCAUAGAUCCAUCGAAAAGAAACUUACCGGAAACAUCACAGAUGGGUGGUGGUGACGAUGAGACUGCCAAGAAUGUCGAAUCAAGAAUGACAGCGGGGACGACCGAUGGAACAGACGGUGGAGCAGAUAAAUCCGAUGGAUUGGAGGUGCUAAUUUCCAUCAUUUCGAGAAUCGGCUGUGAUGCGAAUGUUGCAUAUCGAUGA